UAAAUGAUUUGUUACAUAUUUUUAGCUGGUUUGGCAGUCUUAUUUUAUGUAUUUGUAAUACAUAUUUAUGCUAAAUUGUGGUUAUUAAAGUUGAAACAUGGAAAAGAUGUGGAGAUUUCCUAUUUCCCUUUAUUUGGUGAUUACUUUUAUUUGACAAAAUCUUUUAAAAAAUACGGUGAUGCUAUGGAGAUUUUUAAAUAAAGAUACUAAAAGAAUCCAAACAUAAAAUUUGUUGCUUCUAAUAUUUUAAAUAAAGUAUUUCUUUUCAUCCACGAUCCUGAAUAUUAUAAAUCAGUUCUUGUGAAUCAUUAAAGCUAUACAAAAGUGGAGAUUCUAUACCAUCCGUAAAAAAUUUUAUAUAUAUUUAGAAAAUUAUCAUCAACCUCUAUUUUAUUUGGUGAACCAGACAAAGUCAAAUAGUAAAGAAAUUUAUUAGGUGAAGCUUUUACAUUUGAAAAAUUGAAAUAGAGAACACCAAUAAUAAAUGAAGUUUUAUUAUAGAAAUUAGAGAAGGAGGAUAAAACGGAUGUAUUAGAUUUUUUAACAAAAACAUCAAGUGAAAUAAUAAUAAAGACUUUUUUUUGUAAGGAAUUAUAAGACAUAAUUGUGUAAGGAAAUGAUAUUACUACAGAGAUGAUUGAUUUAAUAACUUAAUUAGGAAAUAUGCAAAUGAACGAUCUUUAUGUGAGUGUUAAGUUAGCAUUAUUAGGUAGGAAAGCAUUUGGUUUUUUUCCUUCUAAGAAAGAAAAACUUUUAGAUGCUCGUAUUGAUAGAUUGAUAGAUGGGACUUUGAUGCCAAUUAUAAAAAAUAAGAUUGCUAAUUAUAAGGCUAAUUAAAAUUAAGAUUUUUUAGAUCUUUAUGUUAAUGCAUAUCUAAAUUAAAAGCCCAAUGAACCAAAGAUAACUGAAUUAGAAUUAUGCUAAUUGUUUGUUUCAAUAGUUUCAGCAGGAACUGAUACAUCAUCACAUUAAAUAGCAAUAACACUUUAUUAUUUAGGAAUAGAUAGAAAAGCAUAAGAAGAAAUAAGAUAAGAGUUGAUAAAUGUAGUUGGUGAUGAAGUAGACAUUUAGCCAUAACAUUUAAGUAAGUUAGUUUUAUUGAAUGCAUUUAUUUAUGAAGCAUUCAGAGUUAAGAGUACUGUAAUUUAACCAUUAACUAGAAUAGCUAAAGAAUCUCAUUAUAUUCAAAAUUUAAAAAUUGAGAAGGGUAUGUAUAAAAAUUAAUAACUUACUAUUAGGUACAUAUGUAGCUGCAUUAACUACAGCUCCAAGUUGGAGUAGUAAGUAUUUUAAUGAUCCAAAUAAAUUUGAUUAUAAAAGAUGGUUAAGUUAAAGACCAAUCUAAGAAGAUAAUGGAUAUGUAUUUGUUCCUUUUUCUGCUGGAGGUAGAAAUUGUAUUGGUUAACAUAUGGCAAUGAUGACUAUGAAAAUUAUGAUUGGUUAAAUCUUAAGAAAAUAUGAUGUCAUUGUAGAUUAAACGGUUUAAGUAACCUUUCCUUUAGUGUUAUUUAUUUAAUAUUCACCUAAAAAUCUAGUCAAACUGGAAAAACGCAAGUUAUGAAUAAUUUUACAUAUUAAAUAAAUUUU